CCACUAAUUUCAAGAACACUUUUACGAACCGGUAGUCAGCAAACAUUACACAUAAAAGUUUCACGUUUGUUUUGUGUACACACCAACCGCAAGAUGAAACAAUUGCGGAGCGGUUUGUCGAGAGUUCAACAGCAGUGAUAAGCAGCUCAUUCGGUAUAAUGCAAUUGAACUGAUAACGCCACGCUGUUAAGUCACACGUAUUUGUGUGUAUAGAUAUUGUACCAGAUUGAUGAGACGAUAAAAGUUCUCCCCGCGGAUUCAUUGACAACGGAACAAAUUAUGAGUAAUUCAUCUAAGGAACGGCAAUUUUCGGCGGAACCGGAUUCGAUUCGAACCUAUCGGAGCAGCGGUUUACGGGAUGCCAGUACGGUGACGGUGAAGUCCAUGGACGGAACGCAGCAGGCAGAAGCGGAAGCCGUAACUCUGACCGUGGAUGGCUUCGGAACAGUUAAGGAUCCUCUGACGGGGGAAGUUCAACCGGUGAAAAGAUUUACGUGGUCGAACGCGGGAGGAAUGACUGUGCAGGUCAUAUCCUACGGAGCAAUUAUCACUUCGAUUAAAGUUCCAGCGAAGGAUGGCUCGAUUGCCGAUGUGGUGCUGGGUUUUGAUAAUAUUCCUGGCUAUCAGCAGGCAAAAAAUCCUUAUUUUGGAGCGACCAUCGGUCGAGUGGCAAACCGCAUCGGCGGAGGUAAAUUUACGAUCGAUGGGGUUGAGUAUCACGUUACGAAGAACUGGGAAAACCGACAUCAGCUGCACGGCGGGCGGAUUGGUUUCGACAAGUUCAAUUGGGUUGCGCACGUAGAUGGAACCGUUGUCACGUUAUCCCACACCAACAUGGACGGCCACGAGGGAUAUCCGGGAACGGUUCUGGCUUCGGUGACCUACGAGCUGAAGAAGGACAAUAGGUUCGUGUUCACGUUCAAGGCCACAACAAGCAAACCAACGCCAAUAAAUUUGACCAAUCAUUCGUACUUUAAUUUGGCAGGUCAUAGCACUGGUCACGAGGAAGUUUACCGGCAUAUCGUUUCGGUUAAUGCCGAUCGGAUUACAGAAACGGACGAGGAUUCGAUUCCUACAGGAAAGCUACUUUGUGUGGGUGGAACGCCGUACGAUCUAAGAAUUCCCAGAGAAUUGGGGCCUGCCAUGUCUCGAGCUCCGGGCGAAGGUUUCGACAAUAACUUCUGUCUAACAAAGGGAACCGAACAGCGCUCAACGUUCACGGCUCGGGUCGUUCAUCCACACUCUGGCAGAUUUCUGGAAGUAUACACGGAUCAACCGGGCGUUCAGCUGUACACCAGUAAUUUUAUGCCUGAUCCGAAUAAAAACAUUCGUCCGAAGCCGAUCAACGCGCCGGAUUUCUACGAAGCGACCCAUCUAGAACCGGUUGUCGCUCCGACAACCGGUGAUCCGCCCAUCAGUGGUAAAGGAGGCGCGCGCUACUUUAAACAUGGGGCCUUCUGCCUUGAAACGCAAAACUAUCCGGAUGCGGUCAAUCACGAAAACUUCCCGAACUCGGUGCUAGUUCCUGGGGAUACCUACGUACACGAGGUGAUCUAUAAGUUUGGUAUUUAUGAAGAAAUCUAAAACGUCGGCUUUUCAAUGAGUUACAAAUAAAAAUUUUUGUAAUUUUUCAAUUUA